GCAACCAAGGGUUGCUUCCGGGAUGGGGAAACAGUUUGUGGUGAUAGCAGCUGGUAGCUGCUGAUAGUGAGGUGACUGAGAAGUGCGUUAAAAGAUACGGUUGUUGGCUCUGAAGAAACGAGAGAGCGAGCUGUGAUUGUGGACUGCUGCUUUAGGAGACGUCCCAGAUUCCUUCAAAAACAACCAUUUAAGUAAUAGUAAGAAAAGGAACAGCCAGCGACUGGAAAGUCACAGAUAGCAGAUGUCAGCCCUAGACAGCAUGGAGGAGACCCUGCAGGUUUACAAAGAAACUGCCAUUCUUUAUCUAGAUGGAGUAAAGAAAUUGGUGAAUGCAAAAUGUGAAGGUCUGGAGCCAUGGCAAAUCAUUGCACUGACUGUUUUGGCUACAGUGCUGGCAGUGUGGCUAUAUAAUGUAAUAUUUCAACCAGAAAGUCUGUCUGCAAGAAUAAAGAAAGUUUUUUUUAAAUUAUUGCGAAAACUGCCAUAUAUUGGAACCCAGAUUCAGCUGAAGUUGAAUAACGCAGUCGACGAUAUGGCAUCCAGGUUCUUUAUGCUAAAAGAUGGAAUGAGUUACAUUACAUCCUUGCCUGAGAAGGGUUUGAGUAAAUCGGAAGUAUUGCAAAAGCUAACAGAAUACAGCUCUCUGGCUGAAGACCACUGGGAACAAGGCCGUGUUUCAGGAACAGUGUACAGCGGAGAGGAAGACCUCACCAAGCUGCUUGUAGAGGUUUAUGGAGACUUUGCCUGGAGCAACCCUUUGCACUCUGAUAUUUUUCCUGGUGUUCGAAAAAUGGAAGCUGAAAUUGUACGGAUGACUUGUACCCUCUUUCAUGGGGGACCAAAUUCCUGUGGAACAGUUACCUCUGGUGGAACAGAGAGCAUCCUGAUGGCAUGCAAAGCAUACCGGGACUUGGCAUACGACCGAGGCAUUAGUUACCCUGAAAUCCUUGCACCAGUGAGUGCCCAUGCUGCUUUUGAUAAGGCUGCGCAUUAUUUUGGCAUGAAGAUGGUCCACAUUCCACUCAACGCAGAAACCAUGGAAGUAGAUGUUAAGGCAAUGAAGAGGGCCAUUACAAGGAAUACAGCUAUGCUGGUGUGCUCUGCUCCACAGUUCCCUCAUGGAAUCAUUGACCCAGUAGUAGAAGUUGCAAAGCUUGCUGUGAAGUGCAAUAUCCCAUUCCAUGUGGAUGCAUGCCUAGGGGGAUUUCUUAUUGUUUUCAUGGAAAAAGCUGGAUUCUCCCUCCCACCUUUUGACUUCCGAGUAAAAGGAGUGACCAGCAUCUCUGCUGACACACACAAGUAUGGAUAUGCUCCCAAAGGUUCCUCUGUGGUGUUGUACAGUGACAAGAAGUACAGGCACUACCAGUUUUUUGUGGCACCGGACUGGCAAGGUGGUAUCUAUGCUUCACCUGCCAUUGCUGGCUCAAGGGCAGGUGGAAUCAUUGCUGCGUGCUGGGCCACUAUGAUGUACAAGGGAGAGGAUGGUUAUGUGCAGGCCACCAAAAAAGUCGUCUCCACAAUGAAGUUCAUUGAGUCCAGGUUACGAAAAAUCAAUGGUAUUUUUGUCUUUGGACAGCCACAGGUGUCAGUGGUUGCUAUAGGAUCCAAAGUGUUUGAUGUGUUCCGGCUAUCAAAUGCAAUGAAUGACAAAGGAUGGAAACUCAACAUAUUGCAGUUCCCUUCCAGUAUCCACAUCUGCCUGACAUUGUUGCACACAAAGCCAGGUGUUGCUGAACAGUUUGUGAAAGACGUUGAGGCCUCUGUAGCUGAAAUUAUGAAGAACCCCAAAGCCAAGACCACUGGUUUGGGUGCAAUAUAUGGCAUGGCUCAGACUAUUCCUGACCGGUCCAUGGUGUCAGAGAUCUCACGGGGAUUCCUUGAUUACCUUUACAGCACAGACAUUCCUGCUGCAGACAAGACGCAUACAAAUGGCCUGAUGGAUCACCAUUAGAACUGUCCAUGUACCUUCCUUGCAAAUCUUGAUGUUGGUGAUAUUUUAAUAGCUGAGCUGAAGUGGAAAAAGGGGAGGGGGUGCAUGUAUGUGUCUGUGAAAGCUGGAUUAUUCAGUCUACAUUUACAGUUCUUCAAAUAGUGCCUUCUUCAGUCCAGCGUUAUGUUCCUGUGUAAAUUGGAAAUCACAUGACUAUAUAGAAGAGAGCCAAUGAUGCAAGGAGCUUGUAACCACUAUUCUGUUGUCUGUGCAACUUACAAUGUUUGACUAUUGGACCAGGGUUCAAAUUAUGCAGUUACUGGUGAAGUGUAACCAUCCUAAAUCUGAAAAGUUACACAUACUUCUGGUUUCAUAUGUUUGAAUUGUGCCUUCUGUUAUUCUUUGUUACUCACACGAUUUCUGCUGAAAGAGGAUCCAUCUCAUUUGUCUUCAUAUGGCUGUCUGCUUUUGCCUACAGGUAGAACUUAUUUUUAUUUAUUUUUGGUAAUGUGACCCGGAGCAGAAUAUCAUUAUGUAUAUAUUUUUAGCCAGCAGUUCACCUGAGAAACCUCUCCCCUAGUGAUGAUGUGUACUUCCACCUGUGGCCACACAAUAGCAAUAAGUCUUUAUUCAAAUAAAAUAACUGAGACUUAAUGCUCCAGCAUUUUUUUAUGGUACUCACUAGCCGUGACAGUGAAAGUUAUCUUCUUGUUCUCCACAAGUCAUUUCUUUGUAUUUUCUAUCUUGUAUGUUUUUGUUUUUCUUACAUAUUUAUUAUUCUUUGAUAUGGAUGUAAAAGGCUCUUUGUCUCUUGCUUUGUGAAUCAUCUUGCUUUUUAGUCUAGAACUUAUAAGGCAGACAUUUGUUCCCUGUGGUGAAUUCUAAUAUGGAGUUAGGAUUAAGAGGAGUUCCCAUCCUUCAGCCACCCAGACAGUGACAUAAAGGUACUAUUCCUCAGUAUCUGUUGUAUUGAAUCAGGUGACACAUCAUUAGGUAGUAGUUCAUAAAUUCAGCUGCACCACUCACAAUUUUUCAAGAAUUUUCCAUCUUUGGUAUUUUGUAGCAUACUGAUAAUUAUGCAUUUCAGGGAGUACAGUCCUGCAAUGCAUUGGUGCAUAGCAACCUUGUAUUCUGCUCCACUUCGCAUUAUUCGUAUUUCAGUGCCAGCUAUACUUCUUUCACUGGAGAUGAUAGGAGAUAUUUUAGAAUCUUGAGCUCUUCUUCCUUGCAGUUGACUUUUGGCUACCUACACUUUUAUAAAGCUGUGUCAUGAUGUGUAAUUAGGGACUUUACAUGUGUAAUUACCAUCAUGAUUGUGGUGUAGCACAUCAUUUUUCUUAUGUUUCAUGGACUGAAAAUAGCUUUGUAUUUGUUUGUUAAAAUAGUAGACAGGGAAAUGGCAUUGGUCUUGCAGCCUGCCUUCGGAAGAAUGUAUGAAGUUACCAGCAGGUGAAGAUUUGUCAUCUGUCAAAUCCUCCUUGUUCUGGUUAGCCUUUGCAUAGCUCUGCCACUGCUACCCUUACCCUGGCUGUGUCUUUGUGCAAAGGGAACUGCUGUAUCCCAUAUCAUGUUCUUUGGCACCACUCCAGCUUCCAAAGAGGAUGAAAUUCUUCAGUUUGUCUCCAGACACUAAGCCUUUUCCCUCCCUGAGAGGGCAUCUUAUCCAUACCUUGUCCGUUAUCUCCCUAAAGACUCCCAACUUCCUUCUUGAUUCCUUCUCUAGCCACUGUUUCAAUAUAUUGACUUGUUCCUACCCAUGUUGCCUUAUCUUCCCAUGCUAUUGGCAGUACCUUAUCUUUUCUGUCUAAAUAAAGUGGUAAUGGUGUCAUUCAGUGAUGUUCAUACUACCCCCUUCAUUUAAUGUAUUCUCCUGACGGUCUCUGCUACAGUCCUUAGUAGAUCUGAACAAUGUAUUUUGCCCUCAAAGCCACUGUCAUCUUAUGGUCUGGCAUCUCUUUCCCCUUUCUUAUCCAUUUGCAUCCUUUACCUUUCAUUAAUCUGCCCAUAUCCAUCACCAGGGUGCGUCUCACCUCUUCAAUAUUUUCCUCUUUGUCCUGGUAUAAAACUUCCUACAAGGAUUUAUUCCCUUGUCUCAUAGCUAUUUCACUAUGAUACGUUUUUGCUACUAUUUCUGCUUGGUAUUGCAUUGUUUAUCUAUUUGAAGUUUAGUGUCCUGUAAUCCCAGUGCUGUGUUUCUGCAGCACUGCCUUAGAAAAAUGAAGAGAUACUGUGACACUUCUUUUCAUCAGUGGUGCGUUCAUCUUGGAUGUUUUCACCUCAUUUGCAUUGGUUAGGACUAAUUGCAAGAAUGGUGGGUCUCUAAUUGUAGUUCAUAACUUUUCAGCUGGAACUUUUCUGGAAAUAUUUUGCCUGUUUUAUGAUUGUAACCCUGCAGAUUGAUCAAGAAUGGAAAGAAUAGGUGGUGUGACUCGUAUUUGUUAUAGGUUGCUUAAAGUUAGGUUAGAUCCUGUGAUGUUUGAACUGGUUCAUGCUGAGGUUUUAUAUAUUGAGGUUUUAAAUAUACAGGCUUGUGCUACAGACUUGGGCAGUCUACAUUUAAGCACCAGCAUAUGUUUAUCUCAGAAUAUCUGCAGUAAUUAUGGAAUAAGCAUCUUGUCAUUUGGGGGAAUCUAAAUCUGUAUUUUCAAAAAGUUAUAAGAUGUUCCAAGGGUUGGGAGGGUGGCCUAAUGGUUAAGGUGCUUGCCUUGCAAGCACAAGGUGCAGGGUUUGAGUCUCACAAGGGAUAUUUGGCUAGGCUUAAAAUGGCUCGCAAGGGCAGUUAGCUUAGUACUAAAAAGAAAGAAAGAAAAAGAAAAAAGAAAGAAAGAAAAGAAAAAAGAAAGGUGCUAUAAGAUAUCACACUGAUCAGUAAGAUGCCAGACUCUUCAUUGGGCCCCAGGGGUCUUCAGCUGCUGUGUGAACUGUGAAAAUGUCCCAGAGGUAUUUAUCUUCUUAUUUCAGGUCCUCAUUCUCUGCGUAAUUUGGACUUGCAACAGGGCAUUCAUAAGCAAUGCACAAAAUCACUGUUUGGAACAUGGUACAUGGAACUGUGUGUAUUGUUAAAAACCUAAUUCAUAAAGCAGUAUUCCUGCAGUGAAACUGCUGGGAAGGUGGGUCUACUGUUGUUGCAGAAGAGGAAGAGAUUGCUUUUGCCUAGUUUUGGCUGUUUCUGAGUUGGUUAAAUUAAUUAGCAGGUAUGCUGCUUCUUCUUUAGGGGAGAGUGGGGCAAUGAUUCUGGCAAAAAGAUUGAAAAAAUGUAAGUUUUCACAUUUGGCUUCUUACUAAGAAACAACACUUUAGUGGAGACAUUUGUUUUUAGGAUCAUUUCUCAGAGAGGAUUUUUUGAACUACUGCCCCUUAUCCUGCUGCAUAUCUUCCCUCAGAUUCACUGUCGACUUUUGCCUACUACUAUGUAGAUAAAAUGGCAGGUUUGAAACUACUUUCUGAAGAUGUUUUCCCUUCUGUAGUGAAUUCUGAAAGCAGUCUUACAAGCUGUGACUUCUAAACAUUUAGUCAGACCCAUCUUGAGUAAAAUAAAAUGUUUAUAACAUUUUACAACACAUAAACAACUUUACUCAUGUAGAGGGUUCUGCAUCCCUAACUUACUGUGCUCAUGUCUUAAUUCAUUGCACAUCAUAAGGGCAAAAUUUCAGUAGCAGAGACCUUGCUUGUGGAAUCUGCAUUUUGGCCAGUUGUGAUUCACUUCAUGAUUGGCUGUCAUAGAACUAACUGCAUGCCAUCUUACAAGCUGUUGCUGUGAUACUGCGAAAUAAGUAAGGUUGUUAACUGCAGUUAUAUUCCUUGAUGUUAAGCACCUAGGGGUACAUCACGGUUCACUAUGACUUUCCUUUUGAAUUUUAUAACUGACUUGCAAACGAAUCUGUCCUUUUUGUUAUAGUUCCUUCAACAUUGUUAUUACUGUUGAAGUUAAAAUUGUAAACUAUUUCACUCUUUUAGCAGCCAUGUGUAUCUGCUUUAGUUUUUGUUUCCACAAUGUUUACAAACAUCGUUGGCAGACUUUCUAAGCACCUUUUGCUUUAUCUCUUUACUAGCUCUGAUAAACUCGAAGUCAUUGCGGCUGUGUAUCACGAAGGAGUAAUUUGAACAUGAAUUUUAAUUUCCAGUCAUAUAAAGAAGUAUGUAUUCACUAUGAUAUUUAUUUUACAUUUGUUGACCAGGAUAGUCCAACUGGAUACGUGUCCAUUUUCAGAGGAGGCCCGGGGAGAAAAGCUCCAAAAUCACCAAAUUAGAGAAAAAAUACAGUAUAUACAGUAAUGAACAUAAUACAGUUUUCAGAGGUUACAUACCUAGGCAAAUGAUAGUAGUUGUGCAGUAAAUGAGAAUCAGAGUGUAGGUCUUUGUUAAGUAAUACAAUAGAUAAGAAUACUGUUAUCAAGUCAUACAGUUAGUUACAGAUACAAUAUUUACAAUGGUUACUUGCCAAAACACAUUAGAGUUAAACAAGGUCAGGUCAAGAUAGUGCCACAGGUAAGCUAAAAUAACUAUUUUAGUCUCAUUGUAAUGGAGAGUCAGUUGGGUUUGCUACAUUGACAUAGGCAGUUUAGUAAAAUGUUUAUGUCUAGUCUUGAAUUGGCUCAGGGAGUUGAGCAAAGUAAUUUCGGUUGGGAGAGAGUUCCAGGAUCUGCUCACAGAGUUUGCAAAGAGGGAGUCACCGGCUGAUAUCUCCUUGUGCUAAAAUAAUUGCUCCUUUUAAUUCUGAAUGAAUACAUCCCCCAGGAAAGUAACUUUAGAGUUAUAAGAUAUAUAUAAUUCUGCAUUUUACAGUUUUUUAGGCUAUGAAAUUUGGUAUUAUGUACAGUGUAUUUAUUAAUGUCCCUGAUGUCUUAGGCCUGAGAAAUCUGAUAUCAUAUGUCAUUUAUUUUUAUGCUAUUUAGACUGCAAAAUUUGUCCAGCCAGCUAUAUAAAAAAAAAAUCUUAUAUAUUUUUACACCCUGUGACCAUCAAACACCUUUUAUACUAUUGGCCCAUUCAAUUCCUUGAUCCCUGGCAUCCUUGGACACUGGGAGAGGAAGACAAGCUGGCAAUCAUUGUAGUCAUCCAGUAGAGGUUAUAUUUUUCUAUAUGCUCCUAUCCCCUGCACUCCCCUUGGCUGGAGAUUGUGUUGUAGUGUCCUGUGUGCUGACCUUCUGUACACUGGCAGUGCUCAGUGAAGUGUCGUGCACUCUUUUUCCUGACUCAUACUGUCAGAUGUCCUCUGGAUGGUUCUGUGUCAGGACUCCUCACACUCCCUGAGAUGGACAGGCUGACAGUGGUUUCUCACUCCAAUCCCACUAUAGCUAGCUCCUCCAAUGCCCAGGUCAGUACUUGAACCUCAAUCUGCUUUAUUCAUUUCACAUCCAAAAGCUCUGUGUCAUGAAACCAGUAGCUGGAGAAAAAGUCCGCAUUUGACACUGUUCAUGUCUGAUUUUAUGUAGAUUCAUUCAUUUGUCAGAAAGAUAAAAACAUAAAUAGAUAUGCAGUCAUAUCAUUGUUUGUGGUAGGCAUUGGAUUAAUAAUAAUCAGAAUGUUUACCUAAUAUAAAAUAUGACAUUUUAGAUUUGCUCAGUGCCUUCUUCAGGACUGUUCUCAUUGACUUUGGAAGCAAGCCUUUUGCUUUAUGCUUUGUUGCUUAAGCCACACACAUUUCCCCAGUAAUGAGGGAAAAUUAGAAGGAACAUGAACCGAUACAUUUUUAUUUUUAGUACUCCAAUCCCUUUUUGUUUAAAGUGUGUAUGUGUUUGUGAACACGUGUCUAACACUUAAUAAUUACAGGUGAAAUAGCAUUUUAUCUUUUGUAUUUUAUUUGUUACAUUUAUUUGCUUUCAGGGGUAGAGCACUCAACUCCAUGGAAAGUUUUCAGACUCAUCUCAGGAGCACUGUCUGAUUAAGUGACUUGCUCAAAGUAACACAGGCAAUGUAGGCUGAGGGUGACGAACCUUGAACCACGGGAAACAGCCUAAUCCUCUAAGCUAAUGCGAAACAGUGAUUUGUUUUUCAGUGCUUUCUAGAAGUGUAUCUGUGAGUUAAUAUGGUGCCUGCAAGAAUAUGGAGUGGGGUUUAGAAAUAUUACACUUAUCACAAGGAGCUUUUCAGCUUAAAAAGAAGGUAUCAAGACUGACGGUGAUGCACAAAUUGUAGGCACUAAACAUAAGAAGCCUCCAACUUAGCAGAAGACUUUGCAGUUAGCACCGUGUGCAAGUCCAUGCUGCCCAAAGUGGAACACUGAAAUUUCCCACAAUUCACUUGGGUACUGUGCACCUGAUGCACUAACAGUCUGCGUCUGUUUUGUUGCUGCCCUAUGAAUCUGCAGCAGAUCUAAGUGCAUUCUCACAUGCAUUUCAUGGUUUUAAAGAAUUGUCUCUGGUCUAAACCUACUUUAAGUUCUAUCUGAGGGUAUACCUUAGCUUGAUGUCACUGCAGCAUCAGGUUGCUAGAGAUGACAGCUCACCACAGGUUUAAAGCCUGAACUAAGCUGCAUUGCAGCUUAAUAUGCCACCAUAUUUGCCUAAUCAGUUAUUCGUGAUGGUAAGGCUCAGAGGCGUCUGUGUCAGUCACACAGUGAUGUUAAGCAUUAGAUGACUAGUUCAGUAUGUUUUGGGAAACACUGGAUAUAUUGUAGCCCUGGUUUUAUCACAAGCAGGUUGUAAGAUCUUCAGUGCUUUUGCUCUGGACUCACUGGAGUUUUUAAAUGCAUUUAUCAGGCAUAAACAAGGGAAUUCCUAAAAAAGUAAUCCAAUUUAGAUACAUGGGGCAAAGGGAUAGAGUCCUUUCUGAGGCCCAAGUGAACAGGGUUCAGUUAACUUGCCUAGCAUUAAAGCAUCCAGGCUGGGAGGUAGAACAUGAAGGGGCAUGGCUUGCUUGUUUCUCCUCAGGUGGGGGUUUAUGUACAUUCAGGAGCACACUAGGUGAUGCAGUCUACCUGGUGGAGACUGGAGAGAUAACUGGUCAUGCUCUGAGGAGAAGGACAAAGCCAUGUGAAAGAAACACCCUUUGCAGAAGUUUGGGGGCAUCCUCCACUGAUAACCUAUUGCAUGUUUCAACUGGCACCAAGCAGAGUUUGUGUUUUUAGAGCUGUAAAAGAAAAUUGUGAAUUAAUGGCUGUCUGAAUGACGACCUUUCCUGGUCAGUCUCCACCCUAGUGAAGUGGAACAAAUGGAUGGGUUGGCCAGGAGGGGGCUGAUGGUCGACAGACUAUGGGGGUAGAUGGGGGGGGGUAAAUGAACUUGUGCAGGUAUUAUACUUUCAGAUGAUUAUGCUGCAUGAGGUCUAGUGAAUUAAAAGGAAUAUCGACACUUAAGUGGGGAGAGGAAGUACACUCUUGACACUAAUGUACUCCUAGUACCUCUGAAUAAGUUCUAUAAAUUAGCUGCAUAAGUGCAGAAUAAGGACUGAAUAAAGGGGAGCAUUCUUGGUUUGCUCUUUUCCGUUGCAUGAAUAAAAUGAGUUAAUAUGAGAAAAGUUGUUUUAGAUCAUUCUUCCCUAUAGAUUUUAGGAUCCGUAUGUGAUUUAUGCUAAUAAACACUUGCCGUACACCUUAGCCUAGACCCUUCAAGGAGGCAGAUCCAUACAGUUGUAUGAGUAGUGAUAUGGGGCAAAUUCUCUGUAACAGACAAAUCUAGCAACACAUUGCUACAGGGGAAGUGCACAGUUACUUAACAUAAGCAUUAACACAUUAAUAAAUGCUGAAGCUGUGUUUUUUCUGGUAACCCACCCUACUCUUAGUACUCAGGGUUUCUGCCUCUUCACCACGGCGUCCUGAAAAGAGCAAUUCCACUACCAGGUAACAUAUGUACCUGUACCAUCUUGGUGUAGAUUGUGACACAGUGAUCUUUGUAGCUGUGAUGCAACUGUCAUCUAAGAAUGGUUGUCCCAUGUGAUUUGUCUUUACUGUCACUGUACAAGAAGUCAAAAUGCUGAUGACAUACAGGAAGAAAAGGUUGUAAGACUAAUUGUGCUACCUAUUAAGUGCAAAGCAGUCUACAUGUGCUUGUUACUGUAUACAAGAAUUUCUAUCAGUCUCACACACACACACACACACACACACACACACACACACACACACACACACACACACACACACACACACACAAGCACCUAAUAUAUUUUUCUUUUAACCUGUUUAAGUGGCAGCACUCCCUAUAACCAUGUAUAGCACAACUUGCCUUUUUCUGUUUGUGGUAAAGUAUGAUAGAGUCUUGAACUAUGGAACCAUCCACUCAUGAAAGGUAUUGAGGAAAAUGUGUUCUUAAAAAUAGCUUGAUUACAGGUCAGGCAGAGUUGCCAGGGGUAGUCCAUACCACUGGCUUCUUGGGUUCAACCAUCCAGGAGUUUCAACCUCUGGAUAACCAAAGUAAACCAGUGGUCCAUUCUUUAAUGUGCUCAGUUGAAAUAUUCAACCUUUUUUGCAGGAAACCGUCCAAGUGCCUUUCUCAUUCCUGUUUCACCUUAAAGAGACUCGACUGCCUUAGUGGUAUGCUUCUUUCAUUGCUGUCCUUUCCAGGUUACAGAUGAGAAUAUUUUCACAUUUAGGGAGUCUUUUGGCAUCAUAAGUAGGAAGUUCUCAAAGGACUUGAUUGUGAGACUUAAAUGAGAAAGAUCCUGUUUUCAAGCAGUAAUCCCAAGUAACAAAGAAGGUAUGAAAUGCACAGAUGUUUGCAAGUGCAACUGUAUUGUGUGCAUUAAUGUGUUUUGCAUAAAUUCUUUAGUAGAUCUCAUGUUUGUUAAUUUCAGCAGGAUCAUGAUACACUGUCCUUGUGAUUAUUUUUAUUUCUAGACUUGUUUUUAUUAGUUAACAGUUCUUAAUAAGCCUUAAGAUGCUAAACUGAUUACAUAUGUUAUGUACUUUUUUACCUAUACUAAUUUAUUUUUAACAUGGUACAAAAAUUGCUGCUUUAGCCCUGAGUUGAAAAUGUUUCUGGCCAUUUGGAAGAAAAAAAUGUGCAUAAAACAACCUCAGCAGGCUGAGGUAGAUUACCUGACAAUUAACGGGGGGUGCCCCCCACAAUAGGAAGUUUGAGGUCCGGUACGUUCGAUAUUCUGAGUGUUUGCAAUUUAUGCAAUUCGCUCAUAUGUUAUAGACCCUGCACAUUGGUCUAGUGUUGGUGGUGCACCCAUACCUUUAAAUCCGUACCUGAUGCACACUACCCAUUGUUGAUUUUCAGUCCUUGUUGCACCAUGCCUGUGGUGCACUGUAUGAUGGUGUAUGACUUUCAUGCCUGGCACUGUCUAGCUCUGCCUCACAGCAUUUCAGAUCUCUGGUUUAUUUCUUGCAUACCUACUGAAUUUUAGUCCCAUCUCCUUCCCAGCCUAAGAUGCCUUUUCCCACUUCUUGAAGUGAUCUUGCAUUCAGUGCAGGUUUGUUUUAAUACACACAAAAAAAGUGUCUUUCAUCAUGUUCUAUUUGCACCUUUCCUUGUGUUGUCCUAUGCACCUUUGCAACACUGUGGUUAGUGGUGUUCAGUGCCUUUCAUAAAGCUAUGUAAGGCAAGGACAGGAGUUGUUGCCAUGGUUACUUGUGACCUUGUUUGUAUGCCAGGAAAACCCCCACAAGGUGUUGAUAAUACACCACUCUCCUCCACCAACCACAGCUUCGAUGUUCCAGUUGGAUGAAGGGCUUUGUUCAGUAGGACCAUUUAAUUUCCAUGAGUAGCACAUAGCUACUUAGAGAAAGGUAAAGAGACAUGACGAAGAAGCAAAGGUGUAUACCUAAAAGCAUUUACAUAAAGGUUUUCAAAUUUUCUUGCCAAGGACAAUACUAUGAUUAUAAAUCUGUUUUAAAAUAUUUUUUAUUUGCAUUUUAAUGAUGUACAUAGCCAUUUUCUCUUUGCUAGGCUCUCUUAGGAAAAAAAUGAUGUCUCAAAUAUGGUUAAGCUGUUUUAAUAAGUUUAAUUUUAUUUCUGUGUGAUUUUAUUGUGUCCAUAUUUACUUGAACAAGUGCUUGAUGGGAUAUGAAAGUGUUCCAUAAGGCUGUCUUGCCAGUAAACCUCAUUAUUGUUUCUGGAUAAUUGUUUGGCCUUUGUACUCAUAGCUCCAUGUCAAAUGCACUAGAAAAUCCACAGAUUCUGCAGAAGCUUUCUUGCCAAAACAUUGAAAUUUGCAGAUGUGUGUGAUAUGUUUUUAUGGCUGACUUCAGAAUGCCUGACAUACGUCAAUGUCAUUGUUGUCUAUUCUGUACAACCGGACUAUUUGUCUCCUUUUGAUUUGUUUUGCUUCUUUUUCUAAAGCACUGUAAUCUGAUAUAACCAGAGUUUUGCCAUGUGUUACCUAUUUUAUGACCAUGAUUGAUACAUUGGUUUGAAGCAAUAAUUUCAGGGAACUGUGUGUCCUGUUUGACUCCCAAAACUGUAUUCCUUCUGGGUAAGCUAGUCUAGCAUUUUUAUAAUUUGCCUGUCUUGUGAAAUGGUUUGUUUUUGUAAAUUGGAAUUUGUUUGUUAUUCAUUUUUAAUCAGUAUAUGUCAAGGCAUUAAUCAGGAGCCAUAGUUGUAGGUGAGUUAUUUGACUGACCAUUCCUGAUCGCUGAAAAAUACACUUCACAACUCAGAUAUGACCUUCCUUCAGUUUUAGUUUUGAAAUCUGGAAUUUUUUUUUUAGUCAUGGACACUUUUAUUAUUGUUUAACAAACUGUUUAUUGUCAGAAACAUAAAACAUAUUUUGGCUUCUGUUUAACCACUAAUAAUUGCAAAUGUUUUCAACCUAAGUGAAAUUAUAAUUUUAUUAUGACCAGUAAGCAUCAGAAAAGUUUUCUUUUGGUAGUUGAUCAUUUAUCAGCAUAAUCCACAUUUAAGCCUGUGGCACUUUACUUUUUUGUUCCUUUAGGAUACUAAUGCAACAAAAUAAAGAUCUACUGUGUACUGGA